ACAAUUAUCCUCAAACAGACAAGAUCUCACACCAGCAUCAUGGGCAACCUGUUGACCAGAAUCUACCAGUCUCUUUAUGGACUUCAAGCCAGAAUCCUGAUGAUUGGACUAGAUGCAGCAGGCAAGACCACUAUCUUAUAUAAACUGAAGCUCAACGAAACAGUCUCCACCAUCCCAACCAUUGGCUUCAAUGUUGAGACAGUGGAACCUAUCCGUGGGGUGUCCUUCACUGUGUGGGAUGUGGGCGGCCAGGACAAGAUCAGGGCUCUGUGGAGACAUUAUUUUACCAAUACAGAGGGUCUGCUGUUUGUGGUGGACAGUGCUGAUCCAGAGCGCUUUGAAGAAGCACGAUCUGAGCUACAACGUGUCCUGGAGAAUGAGGAGCUGAAAAGAGUACCCUUUGUCAUUCUGGCCAAUAAGCAGGACCUGCCAGGGGCUCACAACCCCACAGAACUGGUGGAAAAGAUGCAGCUGAUAAAGAUAAGACAACAUGAGUGGCAUGUGCAGGGUUGUUGUGCAGUCAAUGGAGAUGGAAUUGUGGAGGCCUUAGAGAAAUUGACCGAGAUGAUCAAGCGUUUUCAGUCUAGAAGACUGUAUUAAUGAUAAACUUUACUGCCCUGUGCAAUGGGACUGCUCCCUGUCUCCAACAACUUCAACAGGACAGUUUUGAAAUGGAGAUAUGCGAAGAACUUCUGCAGGGUUAACAAUAAAAAACUGCACUGAUGCGAUAUUGCACUUGCUGAUGUAUACAUUUGAAGGAUUACAUAAUGAAUUAAUCAACUUUCUAUUUUUAAUAAUACCAUUUACAGUGAGUUAUAUGACAAAGCACUUUAUAAUACUAUUAUAAAUAAUGUUUUGAAGCAAAAUGUAGUAAAACAGAGCACUAUAAAUACUCUUUGAAGAAAUGUACUGAAUCAAAGCAGGCAUUACUGUACUAAUGAUCAAAUAAUAUAUUAUACAUUUUAUCUAUUAUUAGUUUUCUGUCUUGACAUUAUAUGUUUUGUUACUGGUUCCAGGAUCUGUUAUCUGUACAAUCUGUUACUGUACAUAAUAAAAACAUUGUUUACUUACA